AUCUUAUUAUGCAGCUAUGUAUACUGUUGAGUUCCAAAAGCGUGGUCUACCGCAUGCUCAUAUAUUGUUAUUCAUGCAUCCCAGUUCUAAAUUCCCUACGACUGACCACAUUGACAAGAUAAUUUCAGCAGAGAUUCCAGACAAAUCCAAAGAGUCAGCGCUUUAUGAAGUGGUGAAAGACACGAUGAUUCAUGGUCCUUGUGGAAUUAUUAAUCCGAAUUCACCGUGUAUGGAGAAUGGCAAGUGUUCUAAGCUGUUUCCGAAAGCGCAUGUAGACAGAACGACAGUAAACAAAGAAGGGUUCCCAGUUUAUAUGAGACGGGAUAAUGAUCGUUUUGUUGAUAAAUAUGGUUUCAAGUGCGACAACAGAUAUGUGAUACCCUAUAACAAGGAACUAUCUCUUCGGUACAGAGCUCAUAUUAAUGUGGAGUGGUGCAAUCAAUCUGGGUCUAUCAAAUACUUAUUCAAGUAUAUCAAUAAGGGUCAGGACAAGAUGACUAUCACUGUUGAGCCGCCAACAAAAGGAGAUUUGGAGAACAAUGUGAACAACCAGAAAGCAAAAGAAGAGAAUAAAAAUGAAAUUAAAGACUUUUUCAAGGGCAGGUAUAUUGAUAUCUCGCAUUUGAUACAUUUUUAUGGAUCACUCUUUUUUUAUUUCAGAUAUGUAUCUGCAUGUGAAGGUUCAUGGAGAAUUUUGAAGUUUCCAAUUCAUUACAGAUCAAUACCAGUGGAGAAGAUUUCAUUCCAUUUGCCAGGAAAGCAAAUAAUUGUAUUCAAGGAUGACGACACUUUUGAGAAAGUAACAAGUCGUGUGUUGAUUCGAAACACAAUGUUCUUAGGCUGGUUUGAGCUGAACAAGGUUAGUGCUAUCGCUAGGACGCUUACUUUAGCAGAAAUUCCUACGAGAUUUAUUUGGGACAAAAAGGAGAGGAAGUGGAAAGACAGAAAAAGAGGUUUCAGUAUUGGGAGAAUUAAUUAUGCACCGAUUAGUAUAGAAGAAGCUUAUUAUUUGCGUGUCCUGCUUAAUAUUGUUCGAGGACCAACCUGCUUCGAUGACAUCAAAACAUAUAAAAAUGUCCUUUACCCUUCUUAUAAAGAGGCAUGUUUUGCAAGGGGUUUAUUAGCAGAUGAUCAAGAAUAUAUAGAUGAUUUAAUCAGGUCAAGCUUCUCAAGUUCUGCUUACUCUAUGCGACAUGCUUUUACUGUCAUGCUUAUGUCAAAUAGUUUAUCAAAACCAGAAAGAGUUUGGGAGGAGACAUGGGAGAUUCUUUCCGAAGAUGUUCAGUAUAAUCAAAGAAACCAGUUUAACAGACCAGGUAACCUUAAACAAUACGAUUAUACUUAUUUUUUAACACUAUAUAUAUAUAUAUAUACAUAUAUACUGUUCUUAUUUUUUUUGCUAUUUUCAAAAACAGGAUUGUGUCUGACUGAUGCUGAAAAAAAAGAAGGUGCCCUUAUUGAGAUUGAGAAGAUUCUGAGAAGUAAUGGAACUUCGUUAUGUAACUGGAAGUCUAUGCCAAAACCCUCCCGCGAUGUUAAUGCUUCUCAAAACGUGUUGAUAAUGGAUGAGCUGAGAUAUGACCGACAAGUGUUAAGAAAUGCACACGAUACAGACUUUUUAAAGUUAACGGACAAGCAAAAGAAGAUAUAUGAAGAGAUCAUGGAUGCUGUUUUAGAAAAAAAAGGAGGAGUUUUCUUUGUAUAUGGAUUUGGUGGAACAGGAAAAACGUUUCUAUGGAGGUUAUUAUCUGCUGCUAUUAGAUCCAGAGGAGAUAUUGUUUUGAAUGUUGCUUCAAGUGGUAUUGCUUCACUUCUGUUACAAGGAGGAAGAACUGCACAUUCAAGAUUCGGUAUACCAAUCAAUCCUGAUGAGUUUUCUCUGUGCAAUCUUACACCAGGGACAGAUGCUGCUGAUUUGGUGAAAGAAGCAUCUCUUAUCAUUUGGGACGAAGCACCAAUGAUGAGUAGACACUGUUUUGAGUCAUUGGAUAGGAGUCUAGCAGACAUUAUGAGAAGUGCAGAGAAGAAGCCAUUUGCAGGAAAAGUUGUUGUUUUUGGUGGGGAUUUUAGGCAAAUAUUGCCUGUUAUUCACAGUGCAUCGAGGGCUGAAAUAGUCUUAGAGUCUCUAAAUUCAUCAUAUCUCUGGAAACACUGCAAGGUGCUGAAACUAACAAAGAAUAUGAGGCUGCUAUCCACUGAUAUGACUACCGAAGAGUUAAGAGAAUUGGAACUGUUUUCUCAAUGGAUUUUGGAUGUGGGAGAUGGAUUAGCUGGUGAACCUAACGAUGGUGAUGCACUAAUCACUAUUCCAGAUGAGUUUCUUAUUAAAGAUUCAGAUGAUCCAAUAGCAUCAAUAAGCAAAGAAAUAUAUGGAGAUGCAACAACUCUACAACAGAACAAAGACCCCAAUUUUUUUCAAGAAAGAGCUAUUCUAUGCCCUACAAAUGAGGAUGUGAACCAGAUCAACCAGCAUAUGUUAGACGAACUUGAAGGAGAUGAAAGAAUUUAUUUAAGCUCGGACAGCAUUGAUCCAUCUGAUACAGGAUCUGUCAAUGAUCAGGCUCUCACUCCAGAAUUUCUCAACACUAUCAAAGCAUCAGGUUUACCAAAUCAUAAUCUCCGGUUGAAGAUUGGAUGCCCUGUGAUGUUGUUGAGAAAUAUUGAUCAUGAUGGAGGACUGAUGAAUGGGACAAGGUUGCAGAUUAUAGAUAUGUAUGAAUUUUGUGUGAAGGCCAGAGUUAUUACAGGAACUCAAGUUGGGAAAAUUAUACUGCUUCCUAGAUUGUCUAUUACACCUUCAGACAAGAAGUUGCCAUUCAAGAUGAGAAGAAGGCAACUGCCAAUUGCUGUGGCCUUUGCUAUUACCAUUAAUAAAAGUCAAGGACAGUCUCUCUCAGAAGUUGGAAUAUUUCUACCUAGACCAGUUUUUUCUCACGGGCAACUCUAUGUUGCUAUAUCGAGAGUCACAUCCAAAAAAGGUUUGAAAAUCUUGAUUGUUGACGAGGAUGGAAAGCCUCAGAAACAAACCAAGAAUAUUGUUUUUAAAGAGAUUUUCCAAAAUCUCUAAUUUUAGAAGUUUAAAGACUAUAUAUUGAUGUUUUUUAUGAAGAGACUUGAUUUUAUUUCACAACUUUACGUGUUUGAUUGCGCUACAAAAUAAAUGCUCUGGAACUUUAGGAAAAGUUUUGAGCAUUGAAUUACAAUUUACGUUUUACAGAGUGACCAUCUAUGGUUGUUUAUUCUUCUAUCAAAUGCCGCAUAGAAACUAUAUAAUUCUAUUAUAAUGUCUAUGUCAAUAUCGAGCAAUAGCAUCAUAGAGUACUAAUACUUAUCAUAUCUAACUUCU